AUGCGUCUGAUGACGAAGUUUUUCGAGCAAGGCGUGCCCGCGGACGACGACACGUGUGUGCGGAUGAUGAAAGAGAUGACCGCCAUCAUCGAAUGCCGGCCCCGGGGCCUGGCGCCGGAGAAACAGAAGAAGAAGCCGAAGCCUGCACCGGCGCCAGCAGAACCUCGGACACUGGCCGAACUCCUAGCCGAGCAGUCUUCUGAUUCCGAGUCGGAGAGGGACGGCCACGAAGAGCAAGUGGCGCAGAGACAGGCGAGUGGCGCGGUCCCUCCUAUGUCCUUGCAAGACUUUGCAGCUCCUGCCAGCUCUACCUUGGAGAUGCAAUGCCACGGCAGCGAGGCGCACUCGGCGCUCAAGGCGGUCGUCGGGGAGCAGCGCGCAGAGAUGAUGGCAGCUACCGUCUGUGUCCAUCGCUUCAUCUCAGGGACGAACGAUGCUUGGAAGGCAUUUGAUUGCAGCAAGUGUGGACGUAGUGGUGAACAAGCUCAGAUCUUCAGUUGUCAGUCCACUUGCCGCGCCGUGCACUGCGAGGGGUGCAUGAAAGAGACACUGGCUGCCGAACAAGAGGUCGAGGACGCAAACGCCGCCGCUACCCAGGAUCUGGCAACCCUUGAGAUGCGGCAGGCCUGGUCCGUGCUAGCCCGCGAAAAGGCCAGCACCGUAGUAGCAAGCGCUGGGGGGGCCAACCUCACCUUUGUGCGCUGCUACAAGCCCGAGCGGCGCAUCAACCUACUCUGCAAACGCCUUACCAGCAAUCCAGACUUGGUCGCAGCUGUCCGGUGCGCCAUGGCUCUGGCAAAGGACGGGUGCUUGCCGGCCAUCAUUCCAGCGCAGGCGCGCAGUCGAAGGGAGUUCCUAGGGCGUUGUGUAGAGGCGGUCAAGAAGGUGAACCCGACUGCGGAGACGUAUCCGAAGAAGCUCACCGUGCCCGAGCAACUGAGGUUGGCUCUGGCGCUGGAGGUGACGGCGCGGAUCUGUCACAAAUGCAACAGGCCUGCCCGAGAUCCAGUAGCCGCUUCUGAGAUCUGCGUAACAUGGGUCUAUGACGAGCAGGGCGGGGAUCAAGCAGCCGUCCCAGAGGCUGCCGCAGGCAUGGUGUUUUGCGCUGCUUGCGCCAAUGACGGUCGCAUUCUCAUGUGCCCGCAGUGUGGCCGAGACGACGCCCUUGAGCGUGCCGACCAUGCCUGGGACAAGCGCAAGAAAGAAAUCGCAGAACAACUCUAUGUGAUGAAGCGGUUGCGCGAGGCAUGA